AUGGUUUCUAGCAAGUCCAGCAAGGAAGACUUGGGCCAUGAGGCUCAGGCUACUCACAAUGCCUCACCUCAGGUUGGGGUUGCGCCGAACCCUGAUCCGGCGCUCGACUUUACACAUGAGCAUCAACACGCCCAUAUUCACCACCACGGCGCAGCUGCUCGUGACAAGGAGAAGCACGAUGAUGUCUUCUACACUACUGGCACAACCGACAAAGGCCGCGACCUACUAGAUGCUCCUUCUCAGGACUACGAGACCCACAAGCUCAAGGAAACACCCGUUGCCGAGAAGUCUUUGGACGAGGAGAGCGGCAACUAUGGAAUCACUCGCGAUGAGGAAGAGGCGAAGCACAACAGCAAGUGGCGGCGCUAUUGGAGAAUUAUUCGCCCCUUUGUGCCUCUUGGUAUCUGGGUCAUCAUGACUGGUUGGUGGGUCGUGAGUGUAGUCAGUGUCACCGUCUUUGGCAUGCCCAAUGGCCUUGGGUGGUUGAUUCCAUUCCUGCUCUGGCUUGCCAUAUCGCUCCGCGUGCUCACCCUCUGGGUGCCGAUUGCAUUCUUCUGGAGACCCGUCCGCUUCAUCUAUGAUCGCACUGCUUACAAGGUCUAUGAACUUACUCCGAAGAAAUGGCACCAACCCCUUGCUGCCGCCAUCACGGUCGUCGUCUUUUUGAUUGGCAGUUUCGUCCCGGAAGAGACUGGCGAAAACACGCGUGCCAACCGAGCGAUUUCCAUCUUUGGACUUAUCGUCAUGCUCGUCGUCCUUUACUUGACAUCGAUGAACCGGGCCAAGAUUCCGUGGCACACCGUCAUUGGUGGUAUGCUAUCGCAGUUUAUCAUCGCCAUUUUCGUCUUGCGUACGCAAGUAGGCUACGACAUUUUCUCCUUCAUCUCGUUCCUCGCCCGGACGCUGCUCGGUUUCGCCAACGAAGGUGUCACUUUCCUGUUCGACGACACCAUUCCCGACAUGCCUUGGUUCUUCACCAGCGUUAUCCCCCCCAUCAUCUUCUUCGUCUCCCUCGUCUCGCUGUUGUACCACUCGGGCGUUUUGCAGUGGUUCGUUGUCAAGUUUGCCUACUUCUUCUACUGGUCCCUGCGCGUUUCGGGUGCCGAGGCUGUCGUGGCUGCCGCGACCCCCUUUAUUGGACAGGGCGAGUCGGCCAUGUUGAUUCGACCAUUCGUGCCUCACUUGACCAAGGCCGAGAUUCACCAGGUCUUGACUUGUGGUUUUGCUACCAUUGCUGGCUCCGUCUUGAUUUCCUACAUCAACAUGGGUCUCAAUGCCCAAGUUCUAGUCUCGUCUUGUAUCAUGUCCAUCCCGGCCUCUCUGGCCAUUUCCAAAAUGAGGUACCCCGAGACCGAGGAAACCCUGACUUCCGGCCGCGUCGUUGUUCCUGAUGACGACGAGCACAAGGCCGCCAACGCUUUGCACGCCUUUGCCAACGGCGCCUGGUUGGGUCUCAAGAUUGCCGGUAUGAUCUCAACCACCCUGCUGUGUAUCAUUGCCUUUGUUGGUCUCAUCAAUGGUGUGCUUGGCUGGUGGGGCAAAUACCUGCAGAUUCUGGAUCCUCCGUUGACGCUUCAGCUCAUUCUCGGAUAUCUUCUCUAUCCGGUUGCAUGGCUGCUUGGUGUUCCUAAUCAGGAUCUUCGUACUGUUGGUGAGAUCAUUGGUAUCAAGAUCAUCACCAACGAGUUCGUUGCUUUUGCUACUCUGACCGCUGAAACCACUACUCUUACUACUCGUGGUCGUGUCAUUGCCACAUAUGCUUGCUGCGGAUUUGGAAACAUUGGAUCUCUUGGCAACCAGAUUGGUGUUCUUUCCCAGAUUGCACCCGGCAGAGUUGGUGAUGUAUCUCGGGUCGCUGUGAGCGCUUUGUUCUCUGGCAUUGUUGCGACACUGUCUUCGGCUUCCAUUGCUGGUAUGCUGUACACUGAUGCCAUUGCGCAAAACGUUUAG